UGCUGAUGAGGAGGUAGUGGGUGAUAGUGACAGGAAGCUGUUUCAUUCGAUGGUUGGGUCGCUGAAUAUUGCUGCAAAUCAUACACGGCCUGACAUUGCAUUUGCUACAUCACGAUUGGCUAGUGUGGUCUCACGCCCUAGUCAUGAGCAGCUGGAAGCGGCCAAGAGGUUGGUCCGCUAUGUGAGCGCUACGGCAUCAGUGGGAUUGGAGUACAGUGGAGUGAGGCAGCGGUUGCAGAGAGGUGCUGCAGAUGUGAAGAGUGGAGAGAUGCUCUUGAGUUGCUAUACUGGCGCUAGCUUCAACUCAGUGAAAGCGGAUGGCACCAGCAUUGGGGGUUAUGUGUGCUUGCUAGGAGGUGGUGCUGUGAGCUGGCGCAGCAAGAAGCAGAAUGAGGUGGGAUUGUCCUCAUGUGAGACUGAGUACAUGGCCUUACACCAUGGGGCCAAGGAAGUGGUGUGGCUGAUGCGCUUGUUAGAGGAGUUGGGAGUUGGUCAGGAGGAGCCGACAGUUGUGUUCUGUGACAAUGAGUCUGCUGUGAAGCUCGCCAAGAAUGCUUGUCUGCAUGGGCUGACAAAACACAUAAGGCCUAAGUGGCACUGGGUGAGGAGACUCCUUGAUAAGGAGGUGCGGCUGGAGAUAGUGAAGACCCAUCAGCAGGCAGCAGAUAUUUUCACCAAGCCUAGGUUGGCAAGGGUGGCCAACUUGGAUGGAUUGGUUGGGAAGGGACAAAUGUCAAAGUUGGGGUUCCUAUAGGGAGGGAAUCUUUGUGCUUAUGGGGUUUCCUUGGUUGAGGACUCUCUUGGGACCUUCCCUCUCAUCCCUCUCUUCUAUCCCAACAUUUCUCUUGCUCCUCUAAUUCCUUGUGAGAUUCUUGAACUUUCAUUGAACUCUUGAGAUUGAGUUAAGUUCUCCUCCUAC